GCCAAGACAGAAGUCAGAUGGUUCAAGGAUGGAGAACUGAUCACCUCCAACAAGAAAUUCAAGGUAGAAGCAGAAGGGAGAUCCCGUCGUCUGGUUGUGCAACAGGUGGAGAAGAAAGAUGCAGGUGAAUAUACCUGCGAAGCCAAUGGCCAGAAACUGACCUUCAGGGUCACCGUAACAGAUAAGGAAGCCGAGGAGGUCUUUGCCAACAAGGAGAAGGUCCAGAAGGAGAUCAAGGCCAUCACUUCAGAGAAUGCUUCUCUGAGCUGUGAGGUGGCUCAGGCCAAGACAGAAGUCAGAUGGUUCAAGGAUGGAGAAUUGAUCACCUCCAACAAGAAAUUCAAGGUAGAAGCAGAAGGGAGAUCCCGUCGUCUGGUUGUGCAACAGGUGGAGAAGAAAGAUGCAGGCCAAUACACCUGUGAAGCAGAUGGCCAGAAACUAAGCUUCCAUGUAACUGUAACAGAUAAAGAAGCUGAGGAGGUGUUUGCCAACAAGGAGAAGGUACAGAAAGAAGUCAUGGCAAUCCUCUCAGAAAACACUUCCCUCAGCUGUGAAGUGGCCCAGGCUGAGACAGAAGUGAGGUGGUUCAAGGAUGGGAAACUCAUUACCUCCAACAAGAAAUUCAAGGUAGAAGCAGAAGGGAAAUCCCGCCGUCUAGUUGUGCAACAGGUGGAGAAGAAGGAUGCAGGCGAAUACACCUGCGAAGCCAAUGGCCAGAAACUGACCUUCAGAGUCACCGUAGCAGAUAAGGAAGCCAAGGAGGUCUUUGCCAACAAGGAGAAGGUCCAGAAGGAGAUCAAGGCUGUUGCUUCAGAGAACGCCUCCCUCAGUUGUGAAGUGGCCCAGGCCAAGACAGAAGUCAGAUGGUUCAAGGAUGGAGAAUUGAUCACCUCCAACAAGAAAUUCAAGGUAGAAGCAGAAGGGAGAUCCCGUCGUCUGGUUGUGCAACAGGUGGAGAAGAAAAAUGCAGGCCAAUACACCUGCGAAGCAGAUGGCCAGAAACUCACUUUCAAAGUCACUGUUGAAGAUAGAGAAGCUAAGGAGGUGUUUACCAACAAGGAGAAGGUCCAGAAGGAGAUCAAGGCUGUACUUUCAGAGAACGCCUCUCUUAGCUGUGAGGUGGCCCAGGCCAAGAUGGAAGUCAAAUGGUUCAAAGAUGGGAAACUGAUCACCACCAGCAAGAAAUUCAGGGUAGAAGCAGAAGGCAAAUCCCAUCGGCUGGUUGUGCAACAGGUGGAGAAGAAAGAUGCAGGCCAAUACACCUGCGAAGCAGAUGGCGAGAAACUGACCUUCAAAAUCAUGGUUGCAGAAGCUGAAGAGGUGUUUGUCAACAAGGAGAAGAUCCAGAAGGAGAUCAAGGCUGUGCCUUCAGAGAACGCCUCUCUCAGCUGUGAGGUGGCCCAGGCCAAGACAGAAGUCAAAUGGGUCAAGGAUGGAAAAUUGAUCACUGCCAGCAAAAAAUUCAAGGUAGAAGCAGAAGGCAAAUCCCGUCGUCUAGUAGUGCAACAGGUGGAGGAGAAAGAUGCAGGCGAUUACACCUGUGAAGCAGAUGGCCAGAAACUGACCUUCAAAGUAACUGUUGCAGAUAGAGAAGCCAAGGAGGUGUUUGCCAACAAGGAGAAGAUCCAGAAGGAGAUCAAGGCUGUGGCUUCAGAGAAUGUCUCUCUCAGCUGUGAGGUGGCCCAGGCUAAGACAGAAGUCAAGUGGUUAAAGGAUGGAAAAUUGAUUACUGCCAGCAAGAAAUUCAAGGUAGAAGCAGAAGGGAGAUCCCGUCAUUUGGUUGUGCAACAGGUAGAGAAGAAAGAUGCAGGUGAAUACACCUGUGAGGCAGAUGGCCAGAAACUGAACUUCAAAGUAACUGUUGCAGAUGCAAAAGCUGAGGAGGCGUUUGUCAACAAGGAGAAGGUCCAGAAGGACAUCAAGGCUGUUGCUUCAGAGAAUGUCUCUCUCAGCUGUGAGGUGGCCCAGGCCAAGAUGGAAGUCAAGUGGUUCAAAGAUGGGAAACUGAUCACCGCCAGCAAGAAAUUCAAGGUAGAAACAGAAGGUGGAAUCCGUCGUCUGGUUGUGCAACAGGUGGAGAAGAAAGAUGCAGGUGAAUACACCUGUGAAGCAGAUGGCCAGAAACUGAACUUCAAAGUAACUGUUGCAGAUAGAGAAGCUGAGGAAGUCUUUGCCAACAAGGAGAAGGUCCAGAAGGACAUCAAGGCCAUCACUUCAGAGAAUGCUUCUCUGAGCUGUGAGGUAGCUCAGGCCAAGACAGAAGUCAAAUGGUUCAAGGAUGGAAAAUUGAUUGCCUCCAACAAGAAAUUCAAGGUAGAAGCAGAAGGGAGAUCUCGUCGUCUGGUUGUGCAACAGGUGGAGAAGAAAGAUGCAGGCAAUUAUACCUGUGAAGCAGAGGGUCAGAGACUCACCUUCAAAGUCACUGUAACAGAAGCCGAGGAGAUGUUUGCCAACAAGGAGAAGGUCCAGAAGGAGAUCAAGGCUGUUGCUUCAGAGAAUGUCUAUCUCAGCUGUGAGGUGGCCCAGGCCAAGACAGAAGUCAAAUGGUUCAAAGAUGGAAAAUUGAUUACUGCCAGCAAGAAAUUCAAGGUAGAAGCAGAAGGCAGAUCCCGUCGUCUGGUCAUGCAACAGGUGGAGAAGAAAGAUGCAGGCGGGUACACCUGUGAAGCUGGAAAACAGAAGUUGACCUACAAAGUCAUUGUUGAAGAGCUUCCUGAAAUAUUUACUAAUAAGGACAAAAUAAAGAAGGAGGUCAAGGCGGUCCUGAAAGAGAACACAGUGUUGGCCUGUGAGGUGGCUACUGCUGACACUCAGGUGAAAUGGUACAAAGAUGGAAAACCUAUCACCUUCAGCAAAAACAUCAAGAUGGAGUCAGAGGGAACCACCCGGAAACUGCAUCUGGAGCAGGUGGCAACCAAGGAUAUUGGAGAGUAUACCUGUGAAGCUGGUGGCCAGAAACUGACCUUCAAGGUUGAAGCAAUAGAACCAGAGGCCAAAUUCCGAAGGAAAGCUGCUCAGGAGGAAACAGUUGUCACCCAGGAGCACAAGAAUGUCAUCUUCUCCACUUUGGUACAACCUGAUGAUGCUGAGGUCAAGUGGUUCAAGGAUGGAGUUGAGAUCAAAGAUGGCAAGAAAUAUGAGAUGAAGAAAGAGAAGGCUGCUAGGACCUUGACUGUGAAAACGGCUGAAGUCAAAGAUGCUGGUGUGUACACCUGUGAAAUCAAGAGUGAAAAACAGCAGUUCCAGCUGAAAGUGCAAGAAAUACCGGUUAAAUUUGCCAAGAAGCUGGAGCCGGUGAAAGCUGAGAUUGGAAGGACCCUGAGUUUGAGUUGUGAACUCAGCCAGCCUGAAGGCGCGGUUGUCUGGCGCAAGGAUGGAGUGGAACUCAAAGCUAGCAAGCGCUACCAGAUGCAAGAAACUGGUGCAAAACGGGUGCUGAUCAUCACAGGCCUGCGGGCCGAAGACAAGGGAGAUUACUGUUGUGAGACAAAAAAUGACCAAUGCACCAUUCAGGUCACACCCACAGCCCCUCGCAUCGUGAAGUUUGUCAAAGGCCUCUCCAAAAUUAUAGCAGAAGAAGGUAAGGAGGCGGUUUUCAAGUGCACCGUCUCCCCCAGCGAUGCAGCCGUCACGUGGAGCCACCGGGGAGCCAAAAUCGAAGCCAGCAAGAAAUACAUCGUUUCUCAUCAGGACAUCAAUCACAGUCUUACCAUCACCGAACUGACCCUCCAAGACACCGGUGAAAUCACAGCUGAAGCCGAAGGAACAGACAGCAAAGCCCACCUGAAAGUGGAAGAAGCACCAGUGUUAUUCCUGAAGAAGCUGGAGGCAAAAGCUGUGGAGGAGAAGCAGACAGUGAUGCUAGAAGUAGAGCUGUCCAAGCCAACCGCGGAGGUGAAAUGGGCAAAGAAUGGGAGUCUGCUUCACCCAACUGCCAACAUGGAGAUCAAGGCCCAGGGGACAAAGCACAGCCUGGUGAUUAAGAGUGCGGCAUGCGAUGACCGCGGGUUUUAUUCAUGUGAAACUCUCCAUGACAAGACGCAAGCCAAAGUCACUGUAGAAAUGAGACCCAUCAAGCUGAUCAAAGGACUGCAGCCAAUGGAUGUUCAUGAAAAGGAAUCUGUCACCUUUGAGGUGGAACUGUCCCAUGAAAAUGUGGAAGCCAUUUGGAUGAAGGAUGGUCUACGUCUCAAAUCACAGGACAACUGCCACAUAACUGUCCAAGGGAAGAAGCAUUCACUGACCCUUUCGUCCUUGACACUUGAGGACUCAGGUCUUGUUUCUUUCAAGGCUGAAGGUAUUCACACAACAGGCAGGCUUAACGUGAAAGAAUCCCCAGUGAAAAUCAUCACACCUUUAGGAGAUCUCAAAGUUCAGAACAAGGAUGACGUAACCCUGGAGUGCGAGCUUUCCAGGCCUAACGCGGAAGUGAAGUGGCGUAAGAAUGGAGCGGAGAUACGGCCAAAUAAAAAGAUGGUCAUCGUUUCCAGAGGGACGAAGAGAAGCCUCACAAUUCACACAUGUGAAUACGAAGACCAAGGAACAUACAUGUGUGACGCUGUGGAUGACAAGAGCUCAGCUGUUUUGGAGAUCUAUGCCCGAGACAUCAAGAUUGUGAAACCAUUGGAAGAUGUGGAAGUAAGCGAAAAAGAAAGUGCUUCUUUUCUCUGUGAAAUUUCGCACGAUGAUGUCCAAACCCAGUGGUUCAGUAAUGAGAACAAAAUCCGGGCUGGAGAGAACAUCAAGCUAUGUCAGGAAGGGAAAAGCCACCUGCUUGUCUACCGAAGUGUGGUGAUGCAGGAUUCUGCAGAGAUCAAAUUUGUGGCCGAAGUUGCAGAAUCCCGAGCUCAACUUAAAGUAAAAGAACUACCUGUAAAGAUAGUUAAACCCCUCCGUGUGAAGAUUGCCAUUGAAAAACACCGGGGGUUCAUGGAAUGCCAAGUUUCUCGUCCGAACGCUAUAGUCAGGUGGUUCAAGGGAGACCGAGAGAUCCAUCCUAGCCAGAAGUAUGAGAUGGUGAGCGAUGGGAUCUACCGAAAGCUUGUAAUCAACGAGACAGAGUUUGAGGAUGAAGGCAUUUACACCUGUGAUGCCAUUGAUGACAAGAGCAGCGCCCAGUUCUAUGUGGAAGAACAAUCCAUCAACAUCGUGAAGGAGCUGAGAGAUGUUGAGGUGACAGAACCAGCAGAAGCCAGAUUUGAAUGUGAAAUCUCCAUUCAGUCAGUGAAGCCCCCCAAAUGGUCUCUUCGUGGUGAACUGCUGCAGGAUGGCCCAAAUGUCAUCAUAGAACAAGAGGGGAGAACCCACUGGCUGGUCCUGAGGAAGACCAAUGUGGACAUGACAGGGACCAUCCAGUUUGCCAUUGGCAAAUCCAAAUCCUUGGCUGACCUCGUGGUCAAAGAAAUUCCAGUGAUCUUUACCAGGCCACUAGAAGACAAGACUGUCCUGGAAACCCAUUCUGUGGUCCUCUCUUGUGACUUCAAGCCAUCCCCAAAGGAGGUUGAGUGGUACCGAAACCAUACCCUGCUGGAGCCCUCUGAGAAAUUUAAGUUCAAGAGGGAAAAGUUCACCGCUGAACUCAAAAUCCUGAGGCUGACUGUUGGGGAUUCUGGUGUUUACAGAUGCAAAGCUGGAAGCGCAGAGACUAAAGCCACACUGACCAUUUUGGAACGCAAAGUGGAGAUCACCAAACAUCUGCAGGAUGUGGAAGUUGAUGAGGAGAGCUGUGCUGCCUUUUCCUGUGAGUUGUCUGAAGACAGUGAGGAUGUCGAAUGGUUUCUCAAUGACACCCACCUCUUCCCAAACAACUUCAAUGAGAUAAAGCAGUUGGGCAAGUCCCAUAGCCUGACCCUCAAGCACGUCAUGCCGGAAGACAGCGGGACAGUGACAGUCAAGGUCCAGAAGAAAGUCUCAGAGAGUGCCCGGUUGAAGGUGAAAGAGAAGCCCGCCGUCUUCAUGAAAUCUUUGGAUGAUGUGGUUGCAGAGGAGCAAAGCACCGUCACGCUGGAGUGUGAAGUCUCAAAACCGAAGGUUAAGCCUGUGUGGAAAAAGGAAGGGGUGGAACUCACCCCAGGAGACAAAUAUGAGAUGCUGCAGUCUGGGAAAUCUCUGGGGCUCAUCAUCCGGGAUCUCAGCAAGGAUGAUGCUGGAUGGUACACAUGUGAUCUUGGCACGGAUGUCGCCAAGUCUAAAGUCAUCAUUCAAGAGCUUAAUAUUGGCAUUACAAAGCGUCUAAAGAGCGUUGAAGUCCAAGAAGGGGAGAGUUGUAGCUUUGAAUGCAUUCUCUCCCAUGAAAGGGUGGAAGGUUGUCAGUGGCUUAUCAAUGGGAAUGAAGUGGGCCAUGAUGCAAGGUUCAGAGCCUUCAACAAAGGAAGGAAAUAUACCCUCACCAUCAAGAAAACCCUUGUUACUGAUGCUGGAGAAGUGUUGUUUUCUGUCCGUGACUUAAAAUCCAAAGCCUCACUUGUUGUGAAAGAAAAACCAGUAGAAUUCAUAAGAGAGUUGGAGGACAAGUCAACUACGGUAGGCCGGGAAGUUAGCCUGAGUUGUGACUUGUCAAGAUGGGAUAACAACCUGAAGUGGAAGAAGGAUGGCCAAGAGAUUCGGAGAAGCCAAAAAUAUGAUCUGCGUCAGGAAGGAACACGGGCAAUAUUAAUAAUCCAUGAUGCCACAGUUAAAGAUAGUGGCGAAUAUACCUGUCAGACAGAACUUUCCAAAACCAAAGCAACACUAUUUGUGGAAGAAGCUGGAAACUGCUUCAUCAAGGACCUUUCAGACCUGAAGCUGGAGGAGAACAAAAAUGCAGUCCUUACAUGUGAAACCAAGAAGCCAGCUUCCACUGUGAGCUGGAGAAAAGGCAUUGUUGAUCUUCAAGCGAGCCAGAAAUAUGAGAUGAGCCAAAAAGGGACUAUCCUGCAACUCAUCGUGAAGGACCUAAAAGAAAAUGACAGUGAUCUCUACACCUGUGACAUUGGCGAUAGCCAAUCCAGUGCAAAGCUGAUUGUACAAG